CCCUGUGGUUAGACUCUUCUCUCUCUCUCCCUCUCUGGUUAGACCCCUCUCUCUGGUUAGAUCCCCCUCCCCCUCUUUGGUUAGACCACUUCGACCUCUCUCUCUGGUUGGAGUCCCAUCCCUGCUGAAACACCUGGGUGCUCAUCUCCCACUGCUAGGGCCCCCUUAGCUCUCCUACUCCCUCAGCAAGUGGACCUUCAGACCUGGUUCUAGCCACUCUUGAGGCAGUUCCUUUUUCUGCUAGACAGCUGCCCCAUCUACCCCACCCUCAUGAGGUGGUGCUGGUGGCCUGGCAGGGAGGUGGCUGUGAUGGUUAGUGGAGCAGGGACUCAGGACCAGAGACACCUGGGUCAAGCCUUAGCUGUGGCUUUGCUCCUGAGGCAGCAAGUGGUCAGCACUAGCCUCUGUGUAGCUGCUGCAGCUGCAGCGGGUCUCUAACAGGCUGGCUGUCAGUGGGAGGCUUACAGUGGGUCAGAGCUGAGUCUUGAGAGCAGUGUUUGACUCCUUGUCUGAGCAGCCCUGGUGACGCACUGGCUAUAGCCCUAACCAGGGGUGGGGGGCGGGUGUGUGGCGGGAACCCAUCAGCCACUGCGAGGAGGUGAGGCAGCCCUCUCCCCCAGUGGAGACCUGCAGUCUUGGAAACCCCGUGGGGCAGCUCCCCUGCCUGGUGGGAGUGGGCGUGGACUUGCAGACAGUGGGCAGUGUACUAACGACGGGUGCUGGUCGAGGUGCUCACCUGACUGGGAGCCAGAGUCGACCUGGCUGUGGUCGCUGUGCCCAGAGGCCCACCCCCAGUCAGCCAGCAUCCAGAGACUGUCCAGGCAGCCCCGUGCCCACUCCGUGUUCCACACAUACCACUUCCCCAUCCCGUGACUGAGGUCAGCGCUGCGUGUGAACCCCGGGUCCUGCCCUUGGGGGCGCCGCAGUGGGGCCAGAAGAGGUGGCCAUCCCUGCCCCAGCUCUCAGGCCCCUGGGAGCCCAGCUCAGUGCUCUGCAUGGGGAGAGUGGCUCAGCCCGGAGGGCCCAGAGUCUGGCAGGAAGGAUGUCUGGGGGGAGACUGGGGGACAGAGAGGACCUAGAACAAGGGAUCAGUGUCCAGGGGUCCAUGCUCUGCUUGCCCCCGGGCAUGCGGUCUCAGCUGAGCAAGGUGAGCAGGGCUCCCCAUGCAUGCCCGCCCCGUGCUGCGAGUACGGUCCUCGCAGGCUCAGUGCGCUGGGCAGCGUCCUCUCAAACCAGCGUCACCUGUGAGCCUGGAUUCGGGCCCAGUGGGCGGAGGUGGCAUGUGGGGAGGUGCACUGCUUUCCAUAUCCAGGUGCGGGGGCAUGAGGAUAUGUGGACAGGGUCAGCUGUGCCCACCUUAGAGUCCAGGUGGGGGCAGGCGCACGCAAGAACUGGGCUGCUCUGAGAUGAGUGAGGGGUGUUGAGGCUAGCAAGGAAUUUUUACAUAGACCUGGUGGUGCUGGGGGGCGCUUGCCGAGUCUCAGGGUGGGGGUGUGCCAGCUGUGGUGACAAGACAGCGGGCAAAGUCUGUAGCUUGGGGCCUCUUCCAGCCUCAGGCCAGCCAGUGCUGGCCCUCCAGGGCCUUUCAUAGGCAGCACACCGACCAUGGCUCUGUUGUGUGCCUGACUCAGGCGACCCCCUGUGACAGCGGCCCCUAGGGCGCCCGAGGGAGACGGCUGACUCAUCUUUCUCCCACAGCAGGCUGGUGGGCUCCACCCCAACAAACACUGGCUCCCCGCCCGCAGCUGAGCACGAACUCUCCUGGACAUCAGGCCCCGAGGAGCAACCCUGAGGCAGGGUGACGGGAGGGUGGCCCUGGUCAUCAAGCAGGCAGGUGACAUUUGAGCAGGUCCUUGAAAGGGACCCUGACAUGGAGCUGCGGGAGGAGGCCUGGUCUCCGGGGCCGCUGGACUCGGAAGACCAGCAGAUGGCCAGCCACGAGAACCCAGUGGAUAUCCUCAUCAUGGAUGACGACGACGUCCCUAGCUGGCCCCCCACAAAGCUGUCCUCACCCCCAGCGGCGCCCCCAGCCGGCCCCCCGCCCCGCUCGCGUCCGCCGGCGCCCUACAUCUGCAAUGAGUGCGGCAAGAGCUUCAGCCACUGGUCCAAGCUGACGCGGCACCAGCGCACGCACACGGGCGAGCGGCCCAACGCCUGCGCCGACUGCGGCAAGACCUUCUCGCAGAGCUCGCACCUGGUGCAGCACCGCCGCAUCCACACUGGCGAGAAGCCCUACGCCUGCUCCGAGUGCGGCAAGCGCUUCAGCUGGAGCUCCAACCUCAUGCAGCACCAGCGCAUCCACACCGGCGAGAAGCCCUACGCCUGUCCCGACUGUGGCCGCAGCUUCACGCAGAGCAAGAGCCUGGCCAAGCACCGGCGCUCGCACACCGGCCUCAAGCCCUUCGUGUGCCCGCGCUGCGGCCGCAGCUUCAGCCAGCCCAAGAGUCUGGCGCGCCACCUGCGCCUGCACCCAGAGCUGGCCGGGCCCGGGGUGGCGGCCAAGGUGCUGGCGGCGAGCGUGCGCAUUGCCAACACGCCCGACGAGGCCACGGCAGCGGACGGCGAGCUGGCCAUACCCGUGGGCGAUGGCGAGGGCAUCAUCGUGGUGGGAGCGGCUGGGGAGGGCGCGGCGGCUGCGGCCAUGGAGAUGGAGGCGGGGCCCCGGGCGCCAGGGCCCCGAUCGCGGCGUGCCCCGGCCCCGAAACCCUAUGUGUGCUUGGAGUGUGGCCAGGGCUUCGGGCACGGCGCGGCGCUCCUGGCGCACCAGCGUGCACAGCAUGCGGACGAGCCCGGGGCGGUUGGGGGCGAGGAACCUGCGCACAUAUGCGUCGAGUGCGGGGAGGGCUUCGUGCAGGGCGCGGCGCUGCGGAGACACAAGCUGGUCCAUGCCGUAGGUGCGCCCGCUGUCUGCAGCAUCUGCGGACAAAGCUUCUACCGCGAGGGCGGCGAGGAGGAGGAGGGUGACCAGGAGGAGGAGGAGGAGGGUGCCAGGUGCAGCGAGUGCCGAGGGGAGGCACGGUAGGGGCGGUGGCCCGGGGGCAUGGGCAGGCCCCUCGGGCUCCCUUGGCUGGGCAGGGAUCCAGAGACCCAGGGGAGACGGGCAGAGGGUCUUGGUACCUGCCCGGCACCCCCACACUGCCCCUUGUGGGCAGUGAGGAGUUAGGGGAGGGGCACUAGGCCCACUUAGCUCUCCUUUUGGACUACGCCCACCCUCCAAGCCCUGUCCCUCCGCCUGGCCCACCCUCUCCCUGGGUGCUCGGCCUGAAAGAACUGGAGACCAAGGGACAAUGGACACCGAGCAGGGCGCACCAAGCCCUCCCCACGCCACUGGCCUGGAGAGAACCUGCCUUUUCUGUGUGGAGCCGUCCCCUGGCAGGGCCCUGCGCCCGUUUAGACUUCGUUUUAAUCAUGCCCGCCCCGACUCCAUCCCCCAUGUUUUCUCCCCUGUGAGUCCUCUCCGGCCCUCCGUGCCCAUCUCCUGUUCCCCCCGUGCCCACUCCUGGAUUGGGGUGGCCAAGGGACACAGCCGCAGACCGGCCCUGCAGAGGGCCAGGUGGAGCAGGAGGGCUGUGGCAAUAAAUGGCACUAUCCACUUGUC